AUGGGAAACAAUAUGACAUAUAUCACAGAUUUCACCCUCCUGGGGUUUCCCCUUGACCCAGGGAUUCAGAUGCUUCUCUUUGGACUCUUCUCCCUGUUCUAUGCCUUCACCCUGCUGGGGAACGGGGUCAUCCUGGGACUCAUCUCUCUGGACUCCAGACUGCACACCCCCAUGUACUUCUUCCUCUCGCACCUGGCCAUGGUCGACAUUGCCUACGCCUGCAACACGGUGCCCCAGAUGCUGGUGAACCUCCUGGACCCGGCCAGACCCAUCUCCUUUGCUGGCUGCAUGACCCAGACCUUCCUCUUUUUGACAUUUGCUGUCACAGAAUGUCUUCUCCUGGUGGUGAUGUCCUAUGACCGGUAUGUGGCCAUCUGCCACCCGCUCCGCUACUCUGUCAUCAUGAGCUGGAGAGUGUGCGUCAUCCUCGCUGUGAUCUCCUGGACCAUCGGUGUCCUGCUGUCUUUGAUCCAUCUAGUGUUACUUUUGCCCUUACCCUUCUGUAGAUCCCAGAAAAUUAAUCACUUUUUCUGUGAAAUUUCAGCCAUCCUCAAACUGGCUUGUGCAGACACCCAUAUCAAUGAGAUUAUGGUGUUGGCUGGAGCAACAUCUGUGCUGGUGGGGCCCUUCUCCUCCAUUGUCAUCUCAUAUGUAUGUAUCAUCUGUGCCAUCCUUAGGAUCCAGUCGGGGGAGGGGCGCCAGAAGGCCUUCUCCACCUGCUCCUCCCACCUCUGUGUGGUUGGACUCUUUUAUGGCACGGCCAUUAUCACGUAUGUUGGACCCCGACAUGGGAGCCCCAAAGAGCAGAAGAAGUAUCUCCUCUUAUUUCACAGCCUCUUCAAUCCCAUGCUCAACCCCUUGAUCUACAGUCUCAGGAAUGCAGAAGUGAAAAGUGCUUUGAAGAGAGUUCUUGGGCUAGACAGAGCGAGAAAUUGA